AGUGGAGCCCGGGCGCGUGCCCCGUUACCAGGGCGACGGUAGCCACCUAGCUAAGCUAACAUGGCGGUGCUGGAGAGCCGAGGCGAACUCGGUGUUGGGAACUUGUUCUGAUAAUCAAAACGAUGGUGUUUUUACAUGUGGCUUUUAAGGUUAAAUGCACAAUGUGACCGUCGCUAUGUGUGCGCUAAAAAAUCUUGUUUUUUUGUGGCUCGUUCUCGUACGACCCGUGUCAACGCUUAAGAAUGCAUAGUUAUAAAAUAGUCAAGAAGAUAGGAGAGGGAACGUUUUCAGAAGUGGUGAAAGUGCAAAAUCUCAAGGACGGGAAGUACUAUGCCUGUAAAACGAUGAAACAGAGCAUUAACAGCCUGGAACAGGCGCACAACCUCCGUGAAGUCCAAGCAAUGAAGAGACUGAGUCCACAUGCUAACAUACUGCAGCUUCAUGAACUAAUAUUUGACCAGGACACAAGGACCCUUUCCUUAAUAUGUGAACUAAUGGAGAUGAACAUCUAUGAGUUGAUUAGAGGAAGGCAGAAUCUCUUAGCUGAAAGCAAAGUCAAACACUACAUGUACCAGCUUUGUAAAGCUCUGGAUCAUAUGCACAGCAAUGGAAUUUUCCACAGAGAUGUGAAACCAGAGAACAUUUUGAUCAAACAUGACGUCUUGAAACUGGCAGACUUCGGCUCCUGCAGGAGUGUUUAUUCCAAGCCUCCUCACACAGAAUACAUCUCCACCCGGUGGUACCGAGCUCCAGAAUGUCUACUCACAGAUGGCUACUACUCACUCAAAAUGGACAUGUGGAGUGCAGGCUGCGUUUUCUUUGAAAUUAUGAGUUUGAGUCCCUUGUUUCCAGGGAGUAACGAGGUGGAUCAGUUGUCCAAGAUCCAUGAUGUUUUAGGAACGCCAGAGAGCAUGGUCCUUCAGAAGUUCAAGCAGUCUCGUGCAAUGCACUUCGAUUUUCUGCCUCGGAAAGGCUGUGGGCUCUCUCAGCUGAUCCCUCAGUGCUCUGCGCCUAGUCUGUCUCUGCUGUACCAGAUGUUGGCCUAUGAUCCAGAUGAACGUAUCAGCGCCCGUGUAGCACUGCAGCAUGUCUGCUUCAGAGAGCUACGGAUGGCAGAAAGGAGAGCAGUGGGUCUGCACAGGGCCAUGGGGGCUGUCGAAGCAGAGACCAGUGCGACUCCCAGCUCUGUGGAGCACCUGUGGCGCAUCGCCCGACAGGGUAGGCGACAGCAGCAGCUUAAGCAUGUCGGCAACCCUCUCAGCAGACGCAUGCCCCAUUAUCCUGUGGAGCUACCUAAGCUGAAUGUGGUGGUGCCUGCCCCAAAAGUCCCCUACCCCAUGCCCAGUCUACCAGCUCUGGCCAUACCACACAGAGGGUCCCUGCCAGCUAUCACCUCCAAAAAGUGCCAUUCUCACUCAACCAAGCCCAGGGAAGAUCCACACCGUUCAGCUUUGAAGAGCUACUACAUGCCUCCUCUGGAGAGGAAAGGAGGAGGCUACUGAAGUUCAGUCUUUAAAUGCGCAACAGCUUGUACUAACGUGCAACUGAAAAUUGAGCACUCAUAAAAAUGUAAACCAUGUUUGAGCGUUAAAUUAGAACAGCAAGCAAUGUCACACUCUGGAGGGACAAAUUCCAUUAAGUGACUAAACUUUGCCAUUAUUAGGCCUUGGUAAUACCAUGCAGUUUGUGCAAGUGUUUUUAUCAUUUCAACAAAUAGAAAUCAAUUCCAGCAAUUCACACUUUUACACUUGCUCUGUAUUAUUGAUUGCGUUAGCAGUCAGAACCAUUAUAUCCAUGCAUUUGUAACUUUUUGCAUCUGCCGGAUUGUGGGUGGUGGUGU